AUGUUGUUUUUGGACGACGAUGAUCAAAUUCCGUCCCCAAUCCCACAUGAAGACGUGGGCAGUGAGGGUACAAGUGAUGAAAGUGAAAUGACCCCAAUAGUGGGGAAUCAGAGACAACACAACAUCACUUUGGAGGAGAGUGACAGCUGCGCUUCUGGCCAAACAGACCCGGAGUCAUUAACGGAUCAUACCCUAAUGUCGGAACCAACGCCAAAACGUCCCCGGAUCCAGCAACCGGAGGAGUCUGACACGGAGUUUGCAGACCUUGAGGCCGAGCUGUUACCAAAACCAACUGGACCUACACUCAGGGACAGCGUACAUGGGGAGCAAUUGGUUGACCUGACUGAUAAGGCCUUGCUGGACACAGUGGCAACGGCAACAGCACAAGAGGCAAUGUUGAGAUCGGCCAUCAAGGCAGCCCGCGGUUAUCCUCAAUCCACAAUGAGAGGUAAUCAUAAACAUCACGGAAAUCGUGGUGGCGGUCAUAGUGGCCACCAAGGAGGGGCCAGCAGUGGGGCGCCAAGUGCAAAUCGAUAUCCCCGACAUGACAACCCCAGGCCGGGACAGUCUUUUUUAGGGGACGGCCGCAGCAAAAACCACAGGUACCGACCAGCAAGACAACAGGGAGCAACGCGACAACCGCAACAACUCCAACAACAAUCGGCGUGGCAACAAUCGUCGACACCGUUAGGACUGCCUGCGGCAGUCCCAUUGAAUGGCUCCCAGGUAGACUUUGUCUCCUCCCCAUCAUCUGAUUUGUCCAGUUCAAAUCCUCGACCAAAGAGUCAAGAAGAGGCCAAGGCAAUUUUGGACUUAGUAUCCGAUCUUUUGCGGGUGGGGGCCAUUCGCAAAUGCAAGCCCUUGCCUGAUGCCGCCACUUCCGGCGGCUGGGGAGCCAUUUGUGGAAAGUCUCGGGUGGCGGGGCUUUGGAAGGAAGAGGACACCAGCAGAAUUGAGCUUCUGGAACUCAAGGCCAUCCGUUUGGCGCUAAAAACUCUUCCAUUCAAUUGGUAUAGGGCCAACAUUCGAUUAAGAGUUGAUAAUACAGUAGCAAUCAGCUACAUCAAUCGCGCAGGAGGCAAGAUAAGAUCACUUGAUCAGGAGGCCCGUUUAUUGUGGAAAUUCUUGGAAGAUAACGAGGCUACCGCAUAUGCGACAUAUAUUCCAUCAAAAGAUAACCCAGCCGACAAACUGACAAGGGAGCUCACAAGAGCAGAAGGCAGGGAAUUGGACGCGGAAUGGCAAUUAAGACCAGAGAUAUUUGCGGAUAUUUGCGCAAGUUAUGAAACUAAUUCAUUAAUUGGGUUGUUCUCAGGAUUGAACGCGGGUGUUGUGUACAUGCGACUGGAUGCGCUUAGAGAAACCAAUUUUGUUGAUACAGUGGUGGAGAUUGCCGGAUCUUACAGAGAUGAGAUCAGAAGACCUGACCAGGAUGUGCUGAAUAUCUACUGUGCGCGAUUCAAAGAAAGGUGCAAGCCAUUGAACUGUUCGCUGAAUUACCGGCCGGAGACUUGCACUGGGUGUCCGGAUGCGAGUGAGAAAGGAAUUGCCAUUUUGCUUGGCCAUAACGGGGUCUUCCACAACCCAACCCCGGACAAUACCUACAGGGGAUUAUACCAAGCGUACCAAAAGUGUGAUUUUACUCCAGCUGCUGGCUAAAGCAUUUUUCCUGGUCAUGAUGAUGGAUGAUGUGCUGAGAAGAGGGUCUUGUAAUAAAUUUUACCUGUCAAUAAUGAUGACAAUCAACACUUGGGAAAUGUUUUACACACCUUUUCCGGGCUACAAUAUACUUCUCAAAUAAUAAAGGUUCUAUGGUGAGUAAUUGUUUCAGAAAAUAUGUGUUUCCUGGAAGGAUGUUGAUCUUCAAUUUCCAUGCUUUGAGGUUUCUGUGUUUGUGCCUUUUUCUUCUUUUUUGUUGAUUUUGUCUUUGUCAGCAAAGGUUUGAAAAAAAUAUUUUUUUACAAAAGUAUUGGGCUACUUAUAGUGACUCUUUUUUGAAGCGUGUGCUUUAAGCUGGCUGCACUAUAGAGGUACAAAAAAUUGGAGAGUGAAAGACUAAUUGGGCAAAUGAACCCUUUGCUAUACCAAGUUCAGCAUUGUGUCCAUUUAUUACCACGUUUUUCAAGAAACAACUGAAGGCCUAGAAAAUCGUUCAUUAAAAUUUCCUGUAAUUCUUUGGUAUUUCUCUGGAAAAAAAUAGUUUCCCAAACUCGAAUUUUUCAGCUGGGCCCUUGUGGCCACUGGAUUUACUGUACAUUGAGCAGCACUUUGUCACCAAAAUAUGAGUGUCUCAUGACAUGUAGAUAAUAUUGCUCUCUACGUUAGCAAUCUCUGCCUAGCAACUCGCUGCCCUGAAGCAGAUGAGGACAUGACCUGUCCUAGAUGCAUUGUCUGGUUCCUGGUCAUUUGCCUGGCCCCCUUUCUGUUACUCUGUUAUAGUUGCGCAAGCGAGUCUGGUUUCUUGUGAAUCUAUAAAAGUACCGCAAAGUGUAUGAGUGGAUAUUCAUUGCUGGUCUGACUCUUGUUUGCUGAAGUCUCAUCAAAAUAUACGUACUCACUUAUCAAGAAGUCUAGUUUCACUUUACCCUGGCCAUAAAGACUAGAAUUUUUCUUGACAAAAGGCUUUUCCUGGAAAGUUGAGAGUUUAGAUUAAUGGUUUAGUAAAGAAAGGCGUUUCUUUCUAUGCAAAAGUGUCUUGAAUCAAUUCUUUCGCCAAUUUGGGAUAACAACUUAUUCUUUCAAGAAAUUCAGCAACAGAGAAGGUGUUACUCCCACAUAGUGGCCAAUUUACGCAUCAAAUUUCUUGUCUCUCU